UAGAUUGUUGAUUUUUAUGCUUCUUGCAUUAGAAGAGUGAGGAAAGACGUCAGCGACUGCGAAGAGGGUGCGAGGAUGGGAGAACAACUUUGCACGAUGAGAUGUUUCGAACAAAAAAACUAAGUUCUCAUGAUCGACUUCCUCCUGGUUGGUUGGAUUGUCCAGCAUUUGGUCAGGAAAUAGGUUGCAUUAUUCCUUCAAAAGUUCCACUUGAUGAAUUCUUCAAUGACUGUGUUGUUCCUGGUAGAAGAUACUCAUUCAGGCAAGCGAUUCAUCAACAGAAAGUUUUAGGAAGAAAGCUUGGCUUAGUGAUCGAUCUUACGAACACUACUCGUUACUAUUCUAUCUCAGAUAUGGGGAAAGAAGAUAUAAAGCAUGUUAAGAUAUUUUGCAGGGGGCGUGAUUCAGUACCUGAUAAUGGGUCUGUAAAUCAAUUUGUUUAUGAGGUUUUACAAUUUGUUGCCCAACAGAGGCACACAAAAAAUUAUAUUCUUGUGCAUUGCACACAUGGACAUAACCGCACUGGCUAUAUGAUUGUUCAUUAUCUGAUGCGUACACUAUCAGUAUCUGUCACUCAGCCUGAUGGAGUUAUUUGCCCUGCAAUACCCGACUGGAAAAGAUCAUCCGAACUUGAUCUGAAUGGUGAUGCAAUACCGGAUGACCAUGAUGAUGGAGGUUCUGCUGCUCCUUUGCAUAAAGACAUAGUAUUGACAAAUGAUGACAUUCUGGGCAAUGGUAUACCUUCAUGUCAGCAAGAUGCUUUUCGGCAAUUCUGCUAUCAAUCAUUGAAGUUAGGUGUUGGGGCAAGAGGGAACUCCCAAUUUCCAGGGUCACACCCAGUUUCGCUUAACAGGGACAAUCUACAAUUGCUAAGGCAGCGAUACUAUUAUGCCACAUGGAAAGAAGAUGGUACACGAUAUAUGAUGCUAAUUACUAUGGACGGGUGCUACUUGAUUGACAGGCAUUUCACUUUCCGAAGGGUCCAGAUGAGGUUUCCUUGCAGACGCACCAAUGAAGGCUUUUCUGAGAAGACUCAUCACUUUACAUUACUUGAUGGGGAGAUGAUAAUUGAUACCAUGCCAGACUCGCAUAAGCAAGAAAGAAGAUACCUCAUAUAUGAUCUGAUUGUAAUUAAUCAAGUCCCUCUCGUAGAGCGGCCCUUUUAUGAACGAUGGAAAAUGCUUGAGAAAGAAGUGAUUGAACCUCGGAAUUAUGAACGACAAAAUUCAUACCAGUGUAGAGAUCCUUAUUACAGAUACGAUUUGGAACCAUUCAGGCCUGAUGGAACUGGUUACUGGCUUGCCAACGUUGAUCAGGUGAGGAGGAAGGAUUUUUGGUUGCUCUCUACAGUUACCAAACUUUUGCGUGAAUUCAUUCCCAGGCUUUCACAUGCUGCAGAUGGCCUUAUUUUUCAGGGUUGGGAUGAUCCUUAUAUUCCUCGAACCCAUGAAGGCCUCUUGAAGUGGAAAUAUCCAGAAAUGAACUCUGUUGAUUUUCUGUUUGAGAUAAGCGAGAGUCAACAGCUACUUUUUCUUUAUGAAAGAGGGAAGAAGAAGCUGAUGGAAGGAAAUAGGGUUGGAUUCCCUGAUGAUUCUGAUCCAUCAACAUACUCUGGGAAAAUUAUUGAGUGUUCUUGGGAUUCCGAGGAACAGGUAUGGAUCUGUAUGCGGAUCAGGACAGAUAAAGGAACCCCUAAUGACUUCAACACGUAUAAGAAGGUUAUGCGAAGUAUAAGAGACAAUAUCACAGAGGACAUCUUGUUGACUGAGAAUCAUGAGAUUAUUCGCCUGCCCAUGUAUGCUGAUCGAAUACGGAAUGAUAGCAAACCCCAGCAUCAGUCUAAUUCGGCACGCCGUCGGUAAUGGAUGGAUUUAUUGGUGAAUGAAGACAUCCUACGUAGGACACAACCAGCGUUGGUGUAGUCUUUGCUGCUUGAGUGCCAAAGCAGUUGCCAGUCAUUUUGAAGUUGGCUACUUGCGUGGGAACAUCGGCGAAAGGGUCAUUGACAUAAUUGUGUAAAUUAAAGGCUUGUAAUUUUUUUUUUUUUGCUAUAGGGUGUUCAGGUUUAUGCCGACUACUCCCACCAACUCGGAUACUAACCGUAGUUCGAGCGGAGAAAUAAUGGUGGCUGGCCCUUAAGGGCUUGUUUGGAUGGAUUUUUUGGAAAGAUUUGGAUUGGCUUCCCCAAAUUCUUCCAAAUCUAAAUUUCUC